AUGGCCCAAGGCGGUGUUCAAGCGCUGGAAGCCAUGCUGUUCGCGCUGGAUGAAGCGGCGCGAGCUGGUCUUCCACCACCCGGAGUGAGACUUGGGGCUCUAGUGCUGGACGACUGCGAUAGCGACACGAGAGGGCUGGAGAUGGCAUUGGAUUUUAUUAAAGGAUCCAUCAGCAAUAUAGAUGAUGAAGAUUAUGCGUGCAAUGCAUCAUCAGUUCGGAAGGUGAUAUCUGGUGUGGUUGGUGCUGCUUCAAGUGUGACCUCCGUGCAGGUGGCGAACUUACUACGUCUGUUCAAGAUACCACAGGUUUCGUUCUUCUCCACCUCACCUGAACUGUCAAACAAAGCCCGCUUCGAGUACUUCACCAGAACGAUCCCAUCAGACCUUCACCAAGUGAAGGCGAUGGUGGAAAUCGUAAAGGUCUUGGGUUGGAGAUACGUGUCCAUCAUUUACGAGGAGUCCAAUUACGGUAUUAAGGCGUUUGAAGAACUGGAGACGCUGCUAGCUAGAAAUGACAUCUGCAUUGCGGUCAAAGAGAGAUUGGCUAAGGAUUCCGGAGCAGCUGAUGAGAAGGGCUAUAAUGAUAUAGUUGAGCGGCUUCUGUCUAGACCAAGGGCUCGAGGUGUUAUAGUAUUUGGUUCGGACCAAGAAGUGGCUGGGGUAAUGGCGGCAGUUCAACGUCGGAAAGCGGAGAACACCUUCGGAUGGGUGGGAUCUGACGGCUGGAGCGCCCGAGCUCUUGUGGCUGCAGGGAACGAGCCAGUUGUGGAAGGAACGAUUAGCGUACAACCUCAGGCGAACCCAGUCAAAGGCUUCAAGGAAUACUUUCUGGGUUUGACACCGGAGAACAAUGCUAGGAAUCCUUGGUUUGUCGAAUUCUGGGAAGAGCAAUUCCGUUGCCGCUAUCCAGGUGCCCCAAGGACACCGUACAACACCCACUACAGGGCUUGCACGGGACAAGAAAAACUAUCUGCUGAUAACACAGAAUUUGAAGCUCAGCUGCAGUUUGUCGCUGAUGCAGUGUGGGCUUUUGUAUUCGCCAUAAGGGACAUGCAUAAAGACCUCUGUGGUGGUGAAACGGGACUGUGCGAAGCGAUGCGACCCGUCAAUGGCCCGACUCUAUUGAACUAUUUGCGUAACGUCCGUUUCACAGGUCUCAGCGGCGAUGAGUUCCACUUCGAUCAGUACGGCGAUGGUCCAGCCCGGUACAACAUCUUGCAUUUCAAGCAAGUGUCAAGGGGGGUCUAUCGCUGGCUCAAAGUUGGCAACUAUCUCGAUGGAGAGCUUCAACUGAACAUGGACGAGAUCCAAUUUAAGUGGGAGGAGCGGAGACCACCCGAAUCUGUUUGCAGCGCGGAAUGUGAUUUGGGACAAGCCAAGCAGUAUGUGGAGGGAGAGAGCUGUUGCUGGCAUUGUUUCAACUGUACACAGUAUGAGAUAAGAUCACCGUAUUCGGAGACAGCCUGCGUGGAAUGUCCACGUGGAACGCUACCAGAUGCGCUGCGCACACGUUGCGCUCUCAUACCAGAAUUAUACCUGAAGCCAUCAUCACCAGCAGCUAUCGGAGCCAUGACUUUCUCCGCUUUUGGAAUCUUAUUGACUAUGCACGAAUCAACCACAGCAGGAAGCUGUGCAAUGGAGACAUGCCCACUAGCUAGAGAGUUUGAGGUAUUUCGUAGCUCAGUAUUGUUCUGCCUCGAAAAUCUUCAGGCUCAGAUGCAGAUUCUCUUUAAAAUGCAUGACGAGCAGGAGAUGCGGAGUCGACGCAAAUUUUUGUUACUACAUGGUGUGAACGAGACGAAGGACGAAAGUUCUGCCUCAGUAACCAAAAUGAUGUCCGUCCUACUUAAGUUGCCUGACGUAAACGAGGAUUGUUUAAGCCGUUGCAGUAGAAUGGGUGUCAAAAGAGGCAAUAAACCUCGUCCAUUACUCGUAAAGUUCCACGAUGUGGAGAUCAAGGAUAAAAUUUGGAUGGCUAAAACUAACUUGAAAGGUACUGGCAUCACAUUAUCGGAAUUCUUAACCAAGACACGCCACAAACUCUUCAUGGCUGCUAGGAGUAGGUUCGGUGUUUCCAACUGCUGGACUCGCGGAGGGUCUAUUUACGCUUAUGGAGAGAACAGAGAGCGUCGCCGCAUCACUUCCAUGAAAGAUAUUGAUGUUAUUCCCGAAAGCGUCCCUCCUGUGGUUCUGGACUCUGUACCUUCCUCCGGUCGCAACGCGAGAAACCCUACAAAAAAGGCCCAAGCCAAAUUAAUAGUGACUCUGUGGAUUUUACGUAGUAGCACACCAGUAGUCCGGGCAAGUGGUAGAGAGCUGUCGUUUGUUCUACUAAUUGGUAUUCUCCUGUGCUACUUGGUGACGUUCGCGCUGGUACUCCGGCCAACUGACUUCUUGUGCUCUUUACAACGGUUCGGCACUGGGUUCUGCUUCACCGUUGUGUACGCGGCCCUUUUAACCAAGACAAACAGGAUCGCGAGGAUAUUCGCAGCCAGCAAGCAUUCAGCACGAAGACCAUGCCUCAUCUCUCCAAAGUCCCAACUCCUGAUAUGCACAAUAUUAGUAUCCAUUCAAGUCGUUGUAGUGGUGGUAUGGCAGUUAGCCUCUCCAGCGCGUGCUAUCCACCAUUACCCAACGAGAGAAGACAAUAUGCUGGUCUGCGACUCCUAUGUGGACGCGUCAUACACGAUUGCCUUCUUCUAUCCAGUCGUUCUGAUAGUUGUGUGUACUGUAUAUGCUGUUCUGACAAGGAAGAUACCAGAAGCCUUCAACGAGAGCAAGUAUAUAGGCUUCACAAUGUACACCACGUGUGUGAUCUGGUUGGCUUUUGUACCACUCUACUUUGGGACAGCGAGCCACGUUCCCUUACGUGUGACAAGUAUGGCUGUGACUAUAUCGUUGAGCGCUAGUGUAACACUAGCUUGCUUGUUUGCGCCUAAAAUGUAUAUAAUAUUAAUUCACCCUGAACGAAAUGUACGCGCAAAUAUGAUGACCUCAAAAUGGAGAGGGAGUCACGGAAGGGGAGCAGCACCAGGUGCUGUUUGUGCGGCAUUAGUUGGUGCCGCGCCAUUACCACGACCAGCAACCACUCCAUCUACUGACUUCUCGACUAUCGACGCUGAACGCUCGACGUCCACCGACCGUCAAAUUCAAACGGACGAUCUGAACGCAAGUCCUGGCAACACCGGCAACGGCCUCUGUCUGGAUGCGAAAAAGCUUGCGGAAAUCGCGGGCGGGUUGCCGGCCUUCGAAGCGGGCAACACUGUACGGCGGCGGGCGACGACCGAACCGGCUGUUCGCGUCGCGGUCGCGGUGGUCGGUGCGCAGGCGCCGUUAUAG